AUGGACCUGAGGAGUGCCUGGAUGCUCUGCGUGCUCUGCCUCGUCCUCACGGUCCAAGCGUUUACCCAGGAAGGGCUCAAGGAGGUGGUACUGAAGCAGCUGGGGUUGUCCGAGGUCCCUAAACUUCACAAGAGAGACUUGGAAAAUCUGGUUAUCCCAGACCACGUCAAGAACAAGUACAUGUCCCUGCUGAAGCGCCAGAGGGUGAAGCGCCGAGCUCUGCCGAGCCUGGCUGGCAUCCUCAGGGGGAUCCCGGGACACACAGAAGUCCUCUACUCUGACACAACCACACGCCAGAAGCUGAUGUUUGACAUGGAGGGCAGAAUACCUAAAAACAGUGAAGUCACAAUGGCUGAACUGAAACUCUUCAAAAAGCCUCUGGACAGAGCAAACCUGCCUGCCAAGCAGUCUCACAGGCCCGUCUCCAAUGCCAGAGUCAGUGUGUACUGGGUGCAGCAGCAGCACGAUGGUACCAACAGGACCUCCCUGAUAGAUUCCAGGCUGGUUCCUAUUCGUGAGUCGGGCUGGAAGAGCUUUGAUGUGACCCAGGCCGUGCAUUACUGGCUGCGAAACAAGAGGCGGGAGCCGAUGUUCCUGGAGGUGUGGAUCGAAGGGGAAAGGCUGGGCAGCUACGCCUCGGAAAUGGCCAGAGCCGUGCGCUUCACCUCGCAGGACCCCAAGGAUAAAGCCCUGGGCAAGCCUGAGCUGGUGCUUUACACCCUCAACUUGGAUGACUAUGGGAGCCCUGGGGAGUGCAGUGAGGAGGCGGUGAUGGGGAAAUCCACCUGCUGCCGGCAGAAGCACUACAUCAGCUUCCGCGAGCUGCCCUGGGCGCAGCACUGGAUCCUGGAGCCGGCGGGGUUCCAGGCGUAUCGCUGCUCCGGGAGCUGCCUGCAGCAUCCCCGCUCCCACCGCCGCCUGGGCUCCGGGCAGCGCUCCUGCGCCGUGGCCGGGAGCUCGGCGCUGCCCAUCAUCUACCUCGUCAGGAGGGGCAACCACACCGAGAUUGAGGCGGCCGAGUUCCCCAACAUGAUCGUGGAGAGGUGCAGCUGCCUCACGGACGGCGAGGCGCUGGUGUGA